CAUAAAUCCGAGGUCUCCGUCCCAGGGCACUGGGACCAAACGACGUCAUCGCCUUCCCAGCGGCUUUAACGUCAUUAACUGCACACGUUUGGUGUGGAGAAGAGAAAGAAAAUUCAGGAUUUCCUGUUCUGCAGCCACCAGACCGGGCUGCAGAUGCCGGCAGGGUUCCAGCACUUCGGAAAUGUGGAAGUCAAACGAGGAGGCGCUGGGAUUGCUGAGAAAAGCAGUGGGAAAUAAAAGCAGGACGCUGGCUGCUCCUGCUCCCUAGCACGGCUAUGACCCCCCCGGAGCAUGGGAAGCACAGCAAGGACCCCUUCCCCUGCUGUGACUGCCCCAUGAGAGAAGAGACCCAGCCAGGAUGGAGAGCAACGUGUCCUCCGGGAACUGUUCUGACCCCCAGAUGUCCUUCCAGUCCACCCUCUAUGCCACCACCUACACCCUCAUCUUCAUCCCGGGGCUGCUGGCCAACAGUGCUGCCCUGUGGGUCCUGUGCCGGUUCCUCAGCAGGAAGAGCAAAGCCAUCAUCUUCAUGAUCAACCUGGCCGUGGCCGACCUGGCCCACGUCCUCUCACUGCCCCUGCGCACCUACUACUACAUCAAUCACACCUGGCCCUUCGGGAGCUUCCUGUGCCAGGUGUGCUUCUACCUGAAGUACCUCAACAUGUACGCCAGCAUCUGCUUCCUCAGCUGCAUCAGCAUCCAGCGGUACCUGUUCCUGCUGCACCCCUUCCGAGCCAAGGGCUGGAAGCGCCGCUACGACGUGGCCAUCAGUGCCCUGGUCUGGCUCUUGGUGGGGGCUGCCUGCCUGCCCCUCAUCAUCGUCAGGAGCCCAGCCCUGUCCAACUCCAUCAACAGCUGCUUCUCGGACCUGGGUGUGAAGCAGCUCAGCCCCGGAGCCGCCAUCGCACUGGUGACGGUGGCAGAGCUAUUCGGCUUCGUCAUUCCCUUCAGCACCAUCGCCUGGUGCACAUGGAGGAUGUGGCAUUCCCUGCGGGAGGGCCCCACAGCUCUGCAGGACGCUGGAGAGAAGCGGAAGGCCCUGAGGAUGGUCCUCAUGUGCGCCGCCGUCUUCUUCAUCUGCUUCACCCCCUACCACAUCAACUUCCCCUUCUUCAUGAUGGUAAUCGAGAACGUCAUCCAGGACUGCGCCCUGCACCGGAGCACGCUGCGCUUCCACCCCAUCUCCCUGUGCCUGGCCAGCCUCAACUGCUGCCUGGACCCCGUCCUCUACUACUUCAUGACCUCCGAGUUCCAGGCGCAGCUGCUGCGCCACGGCUGCGUGGCCCUGAGGACGCGGCUCCCAUCCCGCCGCAGCAGCGCCUCCGGCACCGACACCGCUCAUGACAUCCGCGUCAGGAAGAGGAAUCUCCCCCGCCUCAAGUUCUGGUCUCUUCCCAAGUUCUUUGGCCAAAUAAACAGCAUGGACAUCCCCACUGUGCCACCCGAUGAGCUGCUGCUGGAGUCCAUCUCGUGAGAGCCCUGUCCAUGCAGGGGCUUCUCAGAGCUGCAGGGAGGACUGCUCUGCUUUCCAAAUCCAUCUGAAAUUGUCCAUGAGUGCCACAGAUGGCAGGACCUGAUCCAUGAGGAUGUUGUGGUGCCAAAAGAUUUGCUGGUUGUGCUGUUGCUGCUGGGGACUGUUGUCUUCCAUCCCCUCAAAAGCCAUUGUUGAUGCCAAUGGCUGAACUGCAGUGGGUUCAGGUGCCUCAUUUGAGGCGUUUCAGUGCUUCUUCAGAUCAGGCAUUUUUGGGAACCCUUCUGAACCCUGAGCUGUGAAUGAGAGGCUCAGCCCUGAUCCUGGGUACCUACAGCCACCAUCACCUGGAGCAUCCACCAUGCUCACACAGGGCUCUGGAUCAGGACAGUUCAUUAUCUCCACGUAAACUGAACCUUUUCCACUACAAAAAUUCAUCACCUGGGUCCAAUGCAGCUUAAUCUGGACUGCAAGACUGUAACCAAAGAGACCAUUAACCUAUAUCACAUCAGUGUUAUAAAAGAGGGCUCAACAAACUGGGCUCAGCUCACGCUGCUGGAAGAGGCACCCAGAGCUGAGUAGAAGGAUCCACCUGGCUCCUGGGAGCUUCAGGUGCUUGGCUGAUUGUGGGGGAUCAAUAUCUGGAAGACAAAUUAUGAUAGAUGUGCCACAAGCAAAGAGGGAGCUGUGACACCCCCCAGGGCACAUUAACUGGUGAGAGCUGCAAAAACAGGGACUUGUCAUUGGUGUCUCUUGUGUUGUUCUUGGGAGUCUUGUGUUCUUUGUCAUGUUGCUGACGUGUGUGGUUGCACGUAAUGUUAUCCAAACUUUCAGUUUUGCUUUGAACACCAAAAUUCAUCCCAAACUUCACUGAGUACUGAGAAAAUUUACAAAACUGACUUCAAUACACCCUGAAAGCUUCAAACUCUGAGGAAAUAAAAUGAUCCCAAUGUA